AUGAACUCCGAACCAGCUGCUCCUCCUCCCGAGACUGUUGCAUUAAAAGAACAGCCAGUCGGAAUCACCGCUGCCGCAACUGGGGUCAAUGAUGUAUUUUGGGAACAGUUCUUGACAGAGGAUCCUGGUGCGGCAGAAGCACAGGAAGUACAAUCAGAAAGAAAAGAUAAUAAUAGCAGAAAAAAUGAAGGAAAACCUAGUGGUCACGGAAGAUUUUGGUGGAAUAUGGGGAGAGCAAAUACUCUUCCGGAACAGACGGGGAAUGUUGGUCAAGUAGAGAAAAUUCAGUAG